CAUAGUUCACUACUUCACUUACUUAUCACUUUCUUACAUGAUCUUGUUCAUUUUCUAAUAAAUCAAUUGAAUAUAAAUGUUUCAUACUUAUUUAACACUUGAACCACUCAGCACAUAAUUCAUGAUACUACGUUACAUGUUUCUAUGGAAACCUUCUGUAUCCAGUUGUCCUCGCGUUUUGGUUAGCUCGAUCUUGUCCAAUUAUUUUUAUUGAAAAGUAUUUAAAGUAUGGAUCAGAUAAUAGAUCAUAAUAAGCUCGGUGAAAAGAUAGCAGAAGGUAAACAAAUCAUGGACAACUUAAUGGUAGAUAAACAUGUAACUGAGGAAGAAUUUCAGAACUUUAUGCGUCGCGUUACCGAAGUCGAAAAAGUUGUGAAAAAGUUGGCGUCUGCCGAUCCUGAAGAACAGAAGCACGGAGAAAUAUUGGCCGAUGAAAUUUUGGGAAACCGGUUGGAAAAAGAUAUAUGCGAGGAUACCGAGUUAAAAAUAAGAAUUAAUCGUACAGUGAUUAACAAAUGUUCGGUCAAUGAAAAUUCAACUCAGGAACAAAUGUGUAAAGGUAAAGCGUUUAUGAAAAGCGUGGAGAAAGAUGCGAAAGAAAGAGCAGAGAACCGGAAAAUUAGAAACGAACGAGCGGAAACGUUGAAAACAAUCGGUAAUGGAGCAUUUAAGGAGAAAAACUACGAAAAAGCGGUAACAUACUAUAGUAAAGCACUGGAGCAACGAAAAGAUUCGACCGUGUUAUGGAAUAAUAGGGCUCUAUCGUAUAUUCAGCUUGGAUUAUUCGAAAGAGCUUUAGCCGACUGCGAAUGGGCGCUAAAAGUUAAUAAUACAAACUUGAAAGCCCUCUUAAAUAGCGCAAAGUGUUAUAAACAACUUGGAGACGAAAUCAAAUAUAAAGAAUACAUUCAGUUAGCAAAAGAAAGAAAUCCACACUUCAACAAAUUUAUUAAUGAAUUUGAAGAAAGUAUGGACAUGCGCGUUAAUUAUCAAGCCUGAUCUAGUAAUAGCAUUUGAUAGUAAACAAUAGAAAUAUUUCUUGUAUAGCGUGAAUAUUUCUUUUGUAAUAACCUAAAAUGCAUUUGACUGGUAUCAAGACGGAUCUAUUUUUGUUGCAUAACCUUCUUUAAUCUCUGAGA